CAACUUGCAUGAGGUUAUGACUUGGUUAGGAUUUAAGUUACAUGGUAAUGGAUAUUAUUUGCUUUGGUGUCCUAUCAUAGAAGUACAAGCAAUAAGUAGCUUCAUUUGUUCAUUCUAAGCACAAAAUAGCUCCAAAGUAGAUUUUAUCACAGACAAGAAUGAAUCAAGAUUCAGGUAUAGAGGAUGAACAGGUGGUUCCAGAUGCAAUUAAUCUUGUGAAUGAGAGUAGAGGUCUUCCUGACCUACUCCUUGACACUGGCAUGGCCAACAAAGCCACCGAGAUGACAGAAAUUGACUUACCACGCGUCGGAGCAAGUUGUGUUUCCAGCAACCUGCCCAACUCAGUAUCUCAAACGACAGUGAACCAAGAUGAGCUAAUCUUAGCACAGGAGCAAAAAAUUGUAGAUGAGAUCAAAGCCUCCACUCCGAUGAUUGGACCAAAAACUGACCUUCAGCCGCUGCAACAGGAAUUUGCCAAUGAUAUUGUGUAUUCAGCUAAGGUAGAGCAGCUGCAGAAGCAGUACAGUCACAUGCGGCGCACUAGGCCAGAUGGCAACUGCUUCUUGCGUGGCUUUAUCUUCUCGUACCUUGAGCACUGCAUCCAGCACCCUGACGAGCUGGCAAGAUUUAAAAAGAAGAUUGUGGAAAGCAAAGCUGAACUUUUUGCACUUGGGUUUCCUAAAUUCACAACCGAAGACUUCCAUGACACGUUUGUGGAAGUGCUGAGCGACCUAGAGAAGAGCAUCAACAAAAGCAACAGCCUGCAGAGGGUGGAGUCUGUCAUCAACGACGCAGGACUGAGCGACUACCUGGUCGUGUACUUGCGCCUACUCAUCUCAGCUCACUUGCAGAAAAAUGCUGACUUCUUCACAUUCUUUAUCGAGGGCGAGAGAACUGUGGUCGAAUUCUGUAAACAGGUGCUGCUACAGGAUGAAUUUGUUCACUCUUAGCCUUCAGUCGAGCAUAAUUACUAGAAAA